AAAAGAAGAAUCUUAAAACAAAACCUCAAACACUGCUCAAACAUCUGUGUCAAACAUAUUGAAUAAAUAAUAAAUAUUCCCUAUAAUUUAUUCUUUAUUUAUUCUUCAAAAGACUGCAAAGUUAUGAUUGCAUUGCAGAUCUGCUUCAUUGUUUAAUUAAAUACGUAUUGUGGAACAAGGUGCAGUUUCGACGAAAUAAAAAGUGGCAAAAAAUUUAAUAUGGCUAAGUUGGAGGUUGUUCAAAUAUUAACAAAAAAAGACAGUGGACGUAUAUGGAAUGUGAGUUGGCAUCCAAAAGGUGAUGUUUUAGCUUCGUGUGGCGAGGAUAAAUGUAUAAGAAUAUGGGCCAAAGAUUUACUUGGUAAAUGGACUAAUAAGAUUGUACUAACAGAUGGACACAAACGCACUAUUAGACAAGUUGCUUGGUCACCGUGUGGAAAUUACUUAGCUUCAGCUGGUUUUGAUGCUACUACAUGUAUAUGGAGUAAACAAGAUGGAGAAUUUGAAUGUAAUGCAACAUUAGAAGGCCACGAAAAUGAAGUUAAAAGUGUAGCUUGGUCAAAAUCAGGCCAAUAUUUGGGAACUUGCAGUAGAGACAAAUCAGUGUGGAUAUGGGAAGUAGCUGAAGAAAAUGAGUAUGAUUGUGCCGCUGUUUUGAAUGCACAUACACAAGAUGUAAAAAAAAUAAUAUGGCAUCCCAAAAAGGAUAUCUUAGCAUCAGCUUCCUAUGAUAACACUAUAAAAUUUUUUAGAGAAGAUGUAAGUGAUGGUGACUGGGUAUGUUGUGGUACUUUGGUUGGCCAUGAUUCUACAGUAUGGAGCAUUAGUUUUGAUGGAGACGGUUCCAGAUUAGCUUCAUGCAGUGACGAUUGUACUAUUAAAAUUUGGAAAGAAUAUGUUCCAGGGAAUCCAGAAGGGGUUGCAACUGUAGACAAUGACUCCACAUGGAAAUGUGUUUGCACAUUGUCUGGCCAACAUUCAAGAACAAUUUAUGAUAUAAACUGGUGCCCUAUUACAGGUCUACUAGCAACAGCAUGUGCUGAUGAUAGUGUUAGGAUAUUCAAAGAAGAUGUAGGAUCAGAUUUAAGUGCACCUACAUUUAAUCUGAUAUGUAAUGUAGAAAAAGCUCAUAAUGAGGAUGUAAAUUGUGUUUCCUGGAAUCCAACAGCGAAGGGACUUCUUGCAACAUGCAGUGAUGAUGGUGAAAUCAAAAUAUGGAAUUUUAUUGACAAUUAAUCUUGUUUAUUCUUUAUAAUUCAGCAUUAUACAAUUUAUUUUUUAGUAUAUAUAAUAAAGUACUAUGGUUAUUUA